CCAUAUUUUCUGUCCCGAUAAUGAAUUUCAUGGCGUGUAUAACUUCAUAUCUAGCCACAGGUUAGGGUUUUCAAUUCCCUUCAAUUUAUCCUCAAUUCCUUCUUCAAUUCCAAACCCUCCUUUCCAAUCUCUGAGAAGAUAUCACCCUAAAAGUUAUUGGUCUUGAUCUCUAUCUCAAUUUUGUUCUUGAUCGAAUAUUGGACGAAACCCCAUAUUAAUAGCUAUGGAUUCGGAGAGUGAAUGCUCUGUGGUUGAAUUUUUGGAGGCUGAUGAAUACUCUCAACACACUGUCUCUCAUGUUGAUGCUAAUGAAAUCAAGGAUAUUCACGUUGAUGAGUGCAAGAGUAAGGAUAUUGGGCUAUGCGCAAAUGAUAAUCAGACACAGAGGAUGUACGCUGAUCAAAGUGUUGGUUCCGGUGAUUUCGCGGCUGAUAAUCAUGUAAAUGGUCCUGCUGGGAUUGUGCAUUCGUCUCCUUCACCGGCUAAAUCCACCACCAAAGGCUACGGGUUGAAGAAAUGGAGACGUAUCAAGAGAGAUAUUGUUAAGGAUCCAACUGCUGCCAUUGACGAUUCUAAAGUUUUGAAGAGAGGUUUGUCUGGUUAUGAGAAUCCAACUAAACCUCCACAUGUGGCAUCAACUGAGAUCAAGCAGAAUAGUGGGGCCCAUAUUAGACCUGUGAAUACAUCAAAGAACGUGAAUGUUGCUAGUGGGGUUGUGAUGCACAACACUGGUUCAGAUUCCACCGAAAAUAGUGAAGAUCAAAGUAGCAAGUCCACUACCACAGCCAGUAUGCCACAAGUCCUGCCUACAGUUCUGGGGUAUGUGCACAGGAGAAACCAUAUGAAGAAUUUUAGCGGGAUGAAUGUGUGUAAUUCAAGUCCAAGAGUUCAACAGGGAAAGAAUUUUGUUGAAAUCAGUAAGAAGCCAAGAGCUGAAAGUGUCAAAAUCAAGAAGGAAGGCUCUCCAUCCAGCGUUGGAUCUGACUCAAGAAGCUCCAACUUUGACUCUAUGCCAAGUACAUUUGCAGUGACAAGUAAAAGAAAGCAAAGUGGAAACUCCUUGAAUCUUGAUGGGAAAAAUGUUGAUGAAGCUCAUGAAGGUGAAGACCAGAUCAACGAGGAAGUACAAACUGCUUAUAGGAAAGAAAAUUCAGGUGAAAUUGAAGAACUUUCACCAUAUGAUUUAGCCGCUGAUUUGUCUCGGGAGGCUAAGGAAGAAAAAAGUGAGAAUCACCGACUUUCACCAAAUCUUGACCCAUUAGUCAACUCUAUUCUUUCUCUCCAAUCUGUCCAGGAAGCUCUUGAAAGUGAAAUACAUAAAUUCGAGGAGAUUGGGAAGGAACCUACAUCUCCAGAUGAUGGUUCAGUCAACAUGGAAAGCGUUCACGCGGAUUCUACUUUUGCUGAUCAGGAAACUAGCUCAUCGGGUACCUUAGAAACUCAAUCAUUCACCUUAACGCACAAAGUAAAAUAUUUGGAGAGCAAACUGGAUGAAGCAAGGGCCGCACUGCGGGCAAGAGAGUCGACAAUUUCCAAACUGGAAACCAGUGUAAAUGGUAGCAGGUCAGAGUUGCAUCAAGAUAAAUACAGAGAAACGGAAUCCAACCUUGAGUACCUCUUUCAACAGAGAAUGGAGGCUGAAAUCGAGUUCAUUGCUCUAACAAGGGCCUUACAGAAGUUAAGAGUCUCUGUAGGCAAUAGUCAAACCACAUCCUUAUCCGGGGAGCAAGCACAUUUGUUGAAUAAGCUGGGAGAGGAGUACGAGAAGCAUUACGGAGUCGCCUCAGGUAUCGGCAAAACCUCGAAGAUGCAGAGGAGAGUAUGUAAGGUGACGUGUUUUUUUACGCAGCUGGUAUUACUGGUUUUCGUGUUCUUGCUCGUUGUCUUGCGGUUGACACCCUAUUCAGGGGUGGAGGUUCCAACCUGAGUUUUUUCAGUGUAUGAUCCAAAUGUAAUAUUUGAUUAUUUUAUUUAGAGCCAUGUUUUACCUUCUUCUCCUUGCUUAUUGACUUUAGCUUCUCUCUCUAUAGAUGUAUCCAUGCUCUUUUAUAAU